CUCAGAUUCUUCAGUCCUCUGCUGUGUUGUUCUUGCAUGGUCCGACUCAUGCGUAGCUCAAACUUCAGUUCCACUCCUCUUGCUUGCUGUUAGCGACACUUAGAGCAUGACUGUCCGACCUUAGGAGCACCAAGACCCUCGACAUUAAUUAUCACAUUUUACCUUUGUGUAAACAUAUUUCACUCGCUUGUAAAGUGUUAUAAUGAUGCACAGCUUCAUUGUAUAGUAAUUUUCUAACGUUACAAUGUUAACUCAGACGGCGUGUGCUCAGCAGAUUCGCUCUAUUGCAGCAGUAACAAUGACAAAUUGAAGGAAACAGUUUAAUUAACUGUUUUCUUGUUAGUGUCACUAUGUAGUUUACAUUACCUACCUUUACCUUGCGUGCGUCGGGAAGAUGAAGGAAAAAGUUGUCACGAGGAAAGAGAUGAGCGCGACCUGAAAAUGUUUUAAAAAAAAGGCACCUGUGACACCAAAAAACUCCUCAAAUAUUCUCACAAAAACAGCAAAGUGAGUCGAGUAGUCCCUCUCCUUACUGCGUAAAGUCAAAGUGUUUGUAACAUCAGGGUCGAGUCCGUUAGAAUGGGCGAGGGUGGUCGUUUUGGGGAGGGGGGUGUGGUGCAGAAGAAACAAGACCAACUUGCAUUCAUCAGAACCUCAUACCGUCUCGGACAAAGAUGCAGCCUAACGUGCUGCCCGAGCUCCGCAGAUAAACCGUGAAGUACCGCAGCGACUGAAGACAAGAAGCGGCCAACAGGUGGUUGUUAGCGGGCACUCUGAACUGCUGCUGCUGCUGCGAGUAAAAGUUUCCUCAGCGCACCGCCAAGAUGCUGCUACCGUGCGGCACCCUGUUACUGCUGGUGGCUCUCCAAUGCUGUGUAGACCUGACAAAGGCUGAGGGCUGUGGGGCAUCAUGUGGAAAAUGUGACUGCAGUGGUGUGAAAGGAGGAAAGGGUGAGCGUGGGUUUCCUGGUCUCCAAGGUAAUAUGGGAUUCCCUGGGAUGCAAGGACCUGAGGGGCCACCAGGCUCAAUGGGCUUCAAGGGAGAUUUUGGUGAACCCGGGGCUGCUGGGAUGAAAGGAGUGCGGGGUCCUCCCGGUCUGCCAGGUUUCCCAGGAAAUCCAGGACUUCCAGGUAUCAAUGGAAACGAUGGCCCACCAGGUAUUCCAGGUAUCCCAGGAUGCAAUGGAACUAAGGGAGAUAAAGGAAGAGAUGGCAUUCCUGGUUUUCCAGGCGUUCAAGGACCUCCUGGCAUUCCCGGAGUCCCUGGAAUGAAGGGCGACCCUGGUGGUGUGAUCGGAAUUGUUCCCCUCAAAGGAGACAGAGGCUUCCCUGGCAUACCUGGAUUACCUGGAUCAAAUGGACUCACUGGACCCUCUGGACCACCAGGACCUCCUGGCUUUCCAGGACUCAAGGGUGAUUCUGGCCUCCCUGGGCCCCCUGGAGAGAAGGGUGACCGACUGGCCUUUGUGAGUGAGAAAGGAGAAAAGGGUGACAGAGGAUUUCGUGGUCCCCCCGGCGCACCUGGACCCCCACAGGAAGUGGGAGGAGCCACCACAGUGCACAUCCCUGGACAACCAGGUGACAAAGGAACCAAAGGAGACAGAGGAGAGAAAGGCCAUUGCAUUCCGUAUCAUUUCGGUGUCAAAGGUGAAUUUGGCCCACCUGGACCUCCCGGUAAAGCUGGCAAAGAUGGAGAUGAUGGACAAAAGGGAGAAAAGGGCUUUACUGGUCCAACUGGCUACCCUGGCUUAGAGGGUGCAAAAGGAGAAAGAGGACCACCAGGUGAUGGGAGGGGUCCUCCUGGUCCUCGUGGUCUUCCUGGGCAACAAGGAGUAAAAGGUUACCCUGGACCUCAGGGAGAGGCAGGCCCACCAGGUCAGUUCAUUGAAGGGCCUCGAGGAGAGACGGGUCAGAAAGGAAGCAUCGGAGAGAAAGGAGACAGGGGCAUCGAGGGAGAUUCUCUUGUCGGACCUCCAGGUCAACCAGGGGACCCUGGACUCCCCGGACCACCUGGACCACCGAUUGACCCUAAUGAAUGCAACAACCAGAAAGGAGCUCCUGGCCCACCUGGACCUCAAGGUUUACAGGGAGAAUUGGGACAAAAAGGUGACAGAGGAGAUACCUGCGUUCAAUGUGAGGGUUUCGGCCCACCUGGAUUAGCUGGUCCCAUCGGUCCUAAAGGAGAUCGAGGACCUCCUGGACCAGUCGGCAGCAAGGGAGACAAGGGUCAAUCAGGCUCUCCUGGAACUCCUGGGAGAUCUGGUUCUCAUGGCACUCCUGGGCUGAUGGGAGUUCCUGGGGCUGUUGGUGAGCCAGGGGACAUUUAUAUAGCACCUGGCCUGAAGGGGGACAAGGGUCUGCCUGGUUUUCCUGGCUCACCUGGGGGGCCAGGAUUGGAGGGACAGGCAGGGAGAGACGGCAUUCCAGGUUUACCCGGCUUCAAAGGAGAACCUGCCAAAGAGGGCAUCAAGGGUGAGCGUGGACCGAAUGGGGAUCCUGGUCGUGCUGGAAUUCCUGGAGAGAGAGGUCCACCUGGACCACCAGGCUUUGGUAGACCAGGAGACAAUGGAGAGAAGGGCAGUCCGGGCAGAAGUGGCCUUCCUGGGGUUCCAGGAGUACCUGGUUCCAAAGGAGAGCCAGGUCAGGGUGUGAGCACUCCUGGACCUAGGGGAGAACCUGGACCAAAGGGAGAAAAUGGAAGAUCUGGAUUCCAAGGUGACAGAGGCCUACCUGGAGAACAAGGGUUGCCAGGUUUCCCUGGUGAUAAAGGUGACCACGGAGCUCCUGGAAUUGGAUUCCCUGGCCCAACUGGUGCCAAAGGUGCCAGUGGAAUCCCAGGAACUGUCGGAAUAACAGGAGAGCCGGGAAGACCAGGACAGGAUGGCUCAACUGGAAAACCUGGUUUUCCUGGACAAAAAGGUGAGCCAGGACGAGGUCUCCCAGGCCCAAAAGGUUUUCAGGGUCAACCAGGAGUUACUGGCUUCCCAGGAGAAAAGGGUACCAUUGGAUUGCCUGGUGUUCCUGGACAGGAGGGCCAACCAGGACCUACAGGCGCUCAAGGAAUAAAGGGUGACGUGGGACCCCCAGGUCCUCCUGGACUCCUUGGCUCACCAGGUGCUCCAGGGACAGGCUCUCCUGGAGCUCCUGGACCACAAGGACCACCUGGAGAUCCUGGUCCAUUUGGACGGCAGGGUAUAAAGGGAGAUCAGGGUUACCCAGGUGCUCCUGGUCUGGACAUGCCAGGUCCUCAGGGGGAGAAGGGAGCCCCUGGAUUCCCUGGAGCACCAGGAUCUAAAGGACUAUCAGGGUCAACAGGGUUACCAGGAAGGGACGGACUCAUUGGAAACCAAGGUCCCAAAGGUGAAAUGGGGAUCAUCGGGACACCAGGAGUACCAGGAUUUCCAGGACAACGUGGUACACCUGGAUCUCCUGGUCUGAGAGGUGAUCCUGGUAGUACUGGACCGAGAGGUGGCAUUGGACAGGGUGGAGAUAAGGGAGAAAGGGGAGAGCCAGGUCUUCAGGGUCCCACAGGAAAUAUGACUGAAGUUGACAUGGAACAUAUGAAGGGGGAGAAGGGAGAUAUUGGAAACAGAGGUGAUCCUGGACUCACUGGACAGAAGGGCUUCCGUGGAGUUCCUGGAGAUCCUGGUAUGCCAGGAAAAGAUGGAGAGCCUGGAUUACCUGGACAACCAGGUGAGAAAGGAGAUUCUGGUUUCCCUGGAGAGCCUGGCAGCAUGGGACCACCUGGACACAAAGGUGGUGUGGGAGAGAUGGGAAUCCCUGGUCCUAAUGGUCCAAAGGGGAGUAAAGGAGACAUUGGUACACCAGGACAUCAUGGAUUCAGAGGCUCAGAUGGAACAAAAGGAGACAAGGGACUAGCUGGGGAUCCAGGUAUUGGCAUCCCAGGAUCUCCAGGAGAAAAGGGUCAGACAGGCCAGCCUGGAUUCCAAGGAUCUCAUGGGGAGAAGGGUCAGAGGGGUCAUGAGGGUAUGCCUGGAAAGCCAGGAUUCCAGGGCUCCAAGGGAGACAAAGGAAGCAUUGGGUUUCCAGGUCAGCCAGGGCGACCAGGUGAUAAGGGUACACCUGGACUGCCUGGGUCUACAGGAGAGUCUGGUCAUGACGGUCAACCUGGUGAAACCGGCUUGCAGGGACCUCCUGGUCCUGCUGGAGAGAAGGGGGAACCUGGAGUGGACGGCAUUCCUGGAUCCUCCGGGGAGAGAGGAAACCAAGGUACACCUGGUCAAGGUUUCACUGGACCACCUGGUGUUCUUGGUGGCAAAGGUGACAAAGGCAGUCCUGGCUUCCCUGGAACUCCAGGUCAUCCAGGUGUUCCUGGUAUCAAAGGCGACCAGGGCUUCUCUGGCUUACAGGGACCCCUGGGUGAGCCAGGAGAGAGGGGUUUUCCAGGUUUAUCUCUAGAGGGCCCCAAAGGAGAGAGGGGAGAAACAGGGCAGUCGGGUGAAUCAGGAUCCACAGGAGCACCAGGACCCUCUGGUGUGCCGGGCAGAGAUGGCCAGAAAGGAGAAAAAGGAAACCAGGGUAACCUCGGCUUUCAGGGGGAGUCAGGACACAAGGGCGACCCAGGAGUUCAUGGAUUGCCUGGACAGCCAGGCCUUCCAGGUAUCGAUGGACAGAAGGGUGAGAAUGGAUUGCAGGGUGUCCAUGGCUUCCCAGGUACAAAGGGUUAUACUGGUGAGGUUGGAUUCAAAGGAGAAUAUGGAGACAGAGGAUUCCCAGGAGAAAAGGGUAAUGAAGGCCCCCCUGGACCCCCUGGCCCCUCCAUCUUCAUCAAAGGAGACAUAGGGUUCCCAGGCACUCAAGGCAUACAAGGACCCCAGGGGCCCUCUGGGUUCCCCGGACUGAAAGGGCAGCAAGGUUUGACAGGUGUCUCAGGACCAAAAGGUGAAGAUGGACUUCCUGGAUAUCACGGUCAGCCUGGAGCCAAAGGAGAGCCUGGCCUGCAGGGGCCACAAGGACCCAGAGGAUAUCCUGGACCCUCAGGACCUGACGGUGUUCCAGGUCAAGUGGGCCCUCCUGGGCCCUCCUCCAUGGACCACGGAUUCCUGGUAACCCGUCACAGUCAGUCAACGGAGGUUCCAUCCUGUCCUGAAGGAACGUCGCCUAUUUAUGAUGGCUACUCUUUGCUUUACGUACAAGGCAACGCGCGGGCUCAUGGACAGGACUUGGGUACGUCAGGCAGCUGUCUAAGGAAGUUCAGCCCAAUGCCCUUCCUGUUUUGCAACAUCAACAAUGUGUGCAACUUUGCCUCUCGUAAUGACUACUCCUACUGGCUCACCACCCCUGAACCUAUGCCAAUGAGCAUGGCACCUUUCACCGGUGAAAACAUAAAACCAUUCAUCAGCAGGUGUUCUGUGUGUGAAGCUCCAGCCAUGGUGAUAGCAAUUCACAGUCAGACCAUCACAAUCCCACAAUGCCCUCGAGGCUGGGACUCUCUGUGGAUUGGCUACUCCUUUGUCAUGCACACCAGUUCAGGUGCUGAGGGUUCGGGCCAGGCUCUGGCCUCUCCUGGUUCCUGUCUGGAGGAGUUCCGCAGCGCUCCAUUCAUCGAGUGUCAUGGUCGUGGAACCUGCAACUACUAUGCCAACUCCUACAGCUUUUGGCUUGCCACCAUUGAAGACAGUGAGAUGUUCACGAAACCUGUCCCGACAACACUCAAAGCAGGAAGUCUUCGAACACACAUAAGCCGCUGUCAAGUGUGCAUGAAGAGGACAUAAACCCUGACAUCAGAGUGCCUUUUCUCUAACCCAAGAGCAAUACAACAUGCGCCGACGUCCUCAACUUGCCUUUAAUUCCUCUGUUUAAAGGAUGGUGCUAUUUCCCUGCAUGUUUGAGAGGAAAGAGACAAAGAUUCGGACUGAAGAGAGGUUGAACACUACAAACCAGAACAAUGAGACCAAGUGCCCUUUUACUCUGUGCAGAACACUUUACUAACAUGAUCACAGAUUGUCUCUAAAGGAAUGGCACCUGGUUUACCACUGCACUGAAUACACGGCCCCAUAAACUGGUAAACUGGUGUUCAUUUUGAAAGGGUUGUUUGUGUAGGUCAGGUGCUAUUCAAUGUUACUUAACUGCCUUAUUCCGCUUUGUUUUUCCUUCUAUCUCCCAGUGCCACAGCAGCAUCCAAAGAUAUAGCCACAUGUUAAUCUAGAUUGUCACGCCUUUUUACUUCUUUAUACAUACUAAUGUUAAGGAUGGGGAUUUACCACUCUCUACAACCGCAUGUCAGUUUUGCUAAAUCACCAUUAUGUUGCAGACGUAUAAAUAUAACAACCACACUGUUGUAAAUAUAAAGUAUUCCUCUCUAACAUAGUUCUACAUACUCUCCUCAGGUUAUUAUUAUUGUGUGUUAUUCAGUCCAUUUUUUAUUUAUAAGAUUUAUGAGAAUAUGUGGGACUGUAGCGUAUCCGAGAUUCAAUGAUCCAAAACAAGUGUUUCAAUGACCGCCUUAGUAACAUGCAAUACAGUACAGCACUGAAAUAGCUUUGGCAGGCCUGUGUGUAUGUGUGUGUGCCUGUGUGUGUAAAUGUACAUAAAUGAAUGGAUUUUAGCUAUGUGGAUGUGAUGUCUGCAUGUGAAUUGUUGCACAACAAACAGAAAAGGACUUAAACUCACUUCCCACAUACUUGUCACCUGUCAGAACCUUGUUUAUAACAGCUGUGUGUUCAAGGAUUUAGUUGUAUCACAACAAGUGUCUGAUCUCUUGAUCCAGAAGAAAUGCACAUGUAUAUAAACUUACACAUAACAUGUACUUUGCUAUUUUGCUCGUAUACUUGACUCUCCCCAUUUGUGAAUUACUUUUGAUUCCCUGUUGUGUAAAUGCAAAAGUCAUGUUUCAUAAAGAGUAAAAGGCCAUUGCAUCGUUUUUUAAGUGACGAUUUUAACACUGACUCAUUAGGAGAACAGCGUGUUGUUUGCAUAAAGUGAAGUCUAGAAGCUUUAAAAGGUCUUAUGAUGAGAAUACAAGUUCACUUUUGUUAGAGGAAGAGCCCAAAUUACAUUUUUGUGUCCCUUUCAAAAAAUACAAAGCUUCCUUGUAUUCCACUGACUGUAACGUGUGUUUGUUUGUGUGCGUGGGUAUGAAGUAUUUACAGUAUUAGCAGUGUUGCUAUCAAAAACCAACUUGACCACAGUGGAGAUGAUCUUGACUCAUUACAAUACAGAAUCCACAUUUUAUGUUUUACAGAUUCCAUUCUUUGUAAUUCCUGCAAUAAAAUGAUGUGUAGAAUAUUCCUAUUCAAUUA